AUGUCAGACAGCUACGAUAUGAGUAUCAGGAACUACCAAUGCAAAAUCUGCAAGAGGGCAUUCAAAGACAACUCAAAAUUGCGAAGACACCAGCUUGUCCAUACCGGAGAAAGGCCUUUCCACUGUCCUUACUGUGAAAAAUCGUUUUCAGUUGAUUUUAAUUUAAAGACGCAUAUAAGAGUUCAUACAGGUGAAAAGCCAUAUAAAUGUCCUUAUCCUGGAUGCACGAAAUCUUUUACACAGGCUGGAAAUCUUAAUUCUCACAAAGCAAUCAAGCACCGCAUGAAGAGGCAUGAAAAAGUUCCUGUAAUAGUUCACAAUGAAGAAGAUCUGAAGCACAAGCUAAUAUCUGGAUCACUCUGGGAUGCAGAAAAACUUUUCCAAAAUAAUCCAUAG